AUGGUAAUACGAAGCCACACACAUCAACAACAUCUUAAAGAUUUAGAAGAAGUUUUUCAACAACUCAGGCAUUACAACAUGCAUCUAAAUCCUAACAAAUGCACUUUCGGGGUGUUCGCCGAAAAAUUCUUGGGUUUCAUGUUAACUCAUCGAGGAAUAGAGGCGAAUCCAGACAAGUGUAGGGAAAUAUUGGAGAUGAAAAGUCCUCCUAAGUUAAAAGAUGUCCAAUGCUUAGUCGGACGUCUUACAGCUCUAUCACGAUUCAUACAUAGGCUCUCUGAUCACAUCAGGCCUAUUAUGAAGAAUAUGAAAAAAGAUGUACCUCGACAUUGGGGCAACGACUGCGAAGAGGCCUUUUCUAAAGUGAAAAGCAUUUUGACCAAUCCACCUAUCAUGGCCCGUCCAACUGAGGGGUUAGAUUUACAACUCUAUUUGGCCGCAUCCAGCCAUUCGAUAAGCGCAGCUCUCAUCCAAGAACAUCCUGAUUUUAAACUGAUAUAUUUUAUCAACCGAACCCUGCAGGGACCAGAAGAAAGAUAUUCUCAUGUAGAGCAAGUGGCGCUCGCCUUGCUCACAGCAGCGCGAUGUCUCCGACCGUAUUUUCAAAGUCAUCAGGUUGUCGUCCGGACGAAUCAUCCGAUCACCAAGAUCCUUCGAAAGCCUGACUUGGCCGGAAGGAUUGUGGCCUGGGCGAUCGAGCUAUCUGAGUUCGGUUUACAAUAUGAACCUCAAGGUUCUGUUAAAGGUCAGCACUUAGCUGACUUUAUAACAGAAGCGUACCAUCCGGAAGAGCCCAACAUUUGGCAUCUUAAUGUAGACGGGUCUUCUGACAAAACAGGAGGCGGCGCCGACAUUAUGUUAGAAGGACCGGGCGACCUACUAAUCGAACAGGCGGUUAGUUUUAACUUCCAACUCAACAAUAACCAGGCGGAAUAUGAAGCUCUCAUUAGCGGCUUACUAUUGGCUAAAGAGUUGGAAGUCAAUCAUCUGGAGUGCAGAAUGGACUCUCAGCUAGUCGUGGGGCAGCUUAACGGAACUUUUCAGGUCAAGGACGAUCAUUUGUUGCGUUAUUAUCACAAGGUCAAUGAUUUAAUCAAAUCAUUCACCAGUUUCUCUAUGACCCACAUACCUCGAUCACAAAAUUCCCGAGCAUAUCUGUUGUCAAAGUUAACUCAUUCUCGAGAAAAAUCUCAACUAUCUUCAGUGAUCAAAACUACACUGCACAAGCCUUUGUUGGAAGCAUGCGCCGCUAACGUGACUGCACCACGAACCGAUUGGCGACAGGAUAUAAUACAACUAAUGAUCCACCAAGAACAAAGAGAACGACUCAAUAUACUUGAUUCUAAACGAAUUGCCCGUUACAUGUUAGUGGGUGACGACCUGUACCGGCGCGGUUACACUACCCCGUUGCUAAAGUGUUUAUCUGAUGAAGAAGCAAAGUACGUUAUGCAAGAGUUACAUCAGGGGGUUUGCGGUUCACAUUCAGGAAAGAGGAUGUUGAAAGCCAAAGUUCUAAGAGCCGGAUUCUACUGGCCCUCUAUGGAACAAGAUUGUGCAACAUUCGUACAGAAAUGUAUCUCAUGCCAGUCUCAUGGACACAACUUACGAAUUCCGCCCUCGGAAUUACACGAGAUCAUCUCCCUGUGGCCCUUCGCACAGUGGGGAAUGGAUAUUGCCGGGCCUCUUCCGGUCGGGAAAGCACAAUGCAAAUACCUCUUGGUCGCAGUCGAUUACUUCACCAAAUGGAUUGAGGCAGAAGCCCUCGCAAUAAUAAGUGCUCAAAAGGCUGAGUCAGCCAACAAAGCCAUCAUUUCUGAGUUAAAAAAGAGACUAGGGAGAGCAAAAGGAUUGUGGGUCGAAGAAUUACCUGAAGUACUGUGGGCAUACAGGUGCACACCGCAUGGUUCAACGUGGGAAACACCCUUCAACCUCACUUAUGGCACGGAUGCAAUGCUUCCGGUCGAAGUUGGCGAACCCACUAUACGACGACAGAUGCAAGACAUGUGCAUUAAUGAAAACCUGCUAAGGGUUAAUCUGGACACUCUUCCAGAAAGACGUGAAGUAGCCAUGAUACGAAAUGCAACCCAGAAACGACUACUUGUACGACGAUACAACACAAAGGUCAAACCGCGAAGUUUUACCACGGGCGACCUUGUUUGGAGAAAAAGAGGCGAAGCUCGCAAAGAGAAAACGUUCGGUAAGUUAUCAGACAACUAG